AUAUAUAAAAGUCUACUGCACAGCGAGUUCAGACAAUUGUCAACAUACAUUAAUUAACGUUAAUCAGCGGUACGAUUUCCAUUAAAAGACAUUUCUAUUUUGUGCGGGGAUAAUUAUAACAUGGCGUACUACAAAAUAACAUGCAUCGUCCUUGUGGUCAUUUUCACCUUUUCUCAAACAGGUAAAACCUCACCACUUCGAAGAAUAAGGAGCGAUUAUAUAUCACCUAUGCAAAAUUUCUUGUUGAUGACCGAUAAAUACAGAGUUCAUAACACAGAAGUUAAAUCAGCCGAUAACUCGACAACGGACCAGACAGGAAACCCCGAAAUACCUGUUUCCGGAAAUAUUACUCUCCAAAGUCUCGAGGCGAACAACACGAAAAGUGAUGACAUCACAAAUACCCAAGCAAAAAGUAGUUCCACAACAGCGCCAUCUGCAGGUCUCUCUACAACUAUCAAUGCAAACCAGAGUUCUACUAAUCUGAAAACAGAUCAACUGUCUGGAGUUACGUCGUGAUUUGUAGAGCAAAUUUACAAAAUUAAUUAGAGUAUGGGGAAAUCUAAAGAAUUCCGGAAUACAAAGCACCCAAGUAUCCUUUGAAUUCUACUCCGGUACCAGUAUAGGAGCAAAGGGGAAUGGUGUCAUGUUAAAUUCCAAACUGAAGAACACGAAAUCCAUACAUCAUUGUAUUUAUCAUUUACCCUCAUUAGCUAUGUUUGCUGGCGAACAAUAACUAAUGAUUGAUGUCAAGUUUGACAAUGCAGCUUUUCUUUAUUCUUUUUUUUAUCAUACAUUUAUAUUCAUACGAUUUCAUCAUUAAAUUAUUUAUUUCUUUUU